GUGGACAUGGGGGCGUAUGCGUGCAGUGUGACAGCGUGGACUCCCUCUAGGCAGGGUGGAAUGGAGGAGGCAGCAGAGUUCCUCACCCCCCCUCUGACCGUCCGAUGGGAACCCAAGCGUUCAUCUCUAACCGCCGUGGCACAGCGUGUGCGUGAGGCGGUGGCGGGCGGAGCCACCUUUGAGAUGAGCUGUACCAUAUCCCUUGUGCACUUGCAGGACCCGGGCUACUCUGUGCUGGUGCAGACUCAGGACAGUGUGGACUCUGCCACUAGAACCGUCCUCUCUCUCAGUCCUGACUCUGUACUACAACAUGGAGGGGCUACAGACCCUAACCGCAGGGACAGCCUGGUUCUGACUAAGACGGGUCCGGCUGAGUUCCGCUUCCGUCUGGCCGGAGUGCAGCAGGCUGACAGGGGCUUCUACUGGUGUGACAUCACCGCCUGGACCAAACAACCAGGCCAGGCCUGGACCAAAGCUGUCAGCGCCAAGUCUAACAAGGUCCAGAUCAACUUCCAGGAGACUGGCCCCUUGUUCGCUGUGGCCAUCCGCUCUGACACCACCACUCUUUAUCCCUGGGAGACCGCCAAGAUGGUGUGUGCCCUCAGCGUCUCUGGAGCAUCCCCCAAGUCAGAUGACCUGUCCUACGAGGUACGUUGGUACCUCACGCGGCUGAGGGGGGGGAACAAGGGCACCCUACUGGCCAGCGUGGACCGCUUCGGUCUGGUCAAGAAGGAGGUGCGCAACGCCAGCAGUGACGUGUCCCUGGAGCGCACAGACACACACACCUACGCCCUGAACAUCCACGCCACCCAGGACAGCGACAGCGGGGAGUACCACUGCCAGGCCACGCCCUGGUACCUGUCUGCCUCCACAGGGGCCUGGACACAUGGGGCAGAACUCACCUCUACCAGGGUGUUCCUCACUGUACGAUUCCCCAUGUGGGACUCUCUGAAGCUGCCUCUGCUGUACGGUUCUGUAGCCUCUGUGUCCGUGGGGCUCUUCUCUCUCCUCCUGGGUUUCAUCUGUGCCCACUGCUGCUGCCGCAACACCACACACACCCCCCGCUCACGCAACAAACUCAUGGACCUGGAGAUGGAUUGACUAGCACAGGCCCGCUGGAGCGACCACCGCUUCUCCAGCUGAUGAACUACGAGCACGCGCACGUUACCGCGCCGGCACAUUACCACGGCAACGGCAGACAAUUGACCAAUCACAGCCCUUCGGGUGCGCUCCGUGGAGCUUUUAAGCGCACCAACGGGAGAGGAGGAGAUAGGACAAUAGGACAUUUACUGUGGAGCUGUAGAGGGGAAAAAACCACUGAACUGAAUCAACUGCUAAAGAAGAGUGCAGGAUAUCUAGUCUGCCUAUGUGACCGUAUUGAUGUUAGGUAUUGCACAGAACAGCCCUGGAGUAUUCCUACCUUAGUGCACUUUGUCUACGUUUGUCCUCAUCACUAGUUUUUGAAAUGAGACUUUUAAAUGGAGGUGUGUGUGUGUCUGUAUACCAUAUUUGUGCUGUUUGCCACACCUGAGGCUGGGAAAGAGAGCCGCUUUACCCAUUUUGUCCUGCCCUGUUCCUGGUGUGAUGUCAUCCUGGUGUGAUGACAUUUCAGUGACUCGACAGCAACUAGCCAGGUUCCUUGGUGCACGUUGAUGACCUCAGAAGCUCUCCUCUAGAGCGAGUGAAAGACACUUAAGGACCCAGAGCUCACCUGCUGUAACCCCCUACACUGACACUGGUGCUACCCCCACUGUGAAGGACGUUGAUGUUAUGUUGGACCUAGGGUUUAUAUGGGGCAGGUUGAGGAGCAAGCUGGCCAAUAAGAGAGUGGACUAGUGGUGGUGACUGAGAGGAGUGGUAUGAUAUGGACUGACACAGUCAGAGGGAGACUGUUUAUAUAGGUAGCAUACUGGAUUAAUGCGUGGAACCUGCAGUCCUCCACACACUCUCCCAGCCAAUGCCUGGCUCUAGCUGAAGGAGUCCCAACGUGGCUUCCUCGUCUCCUCUCCUUCAUCUGCACUGAUCAAUAAACACAGGAUGGAUCUAAGCAAUAUAAUGUUUGAAGCCUACCCGUUUCAUUCACAUCAGUGCAGAUGAAGCGAAGAAGACGGGACGAGGAAGCAAGAGCAUGGAGAUACACCCCUGGAAUGCAAUGGAGAAGGAUUUGAGAUAGAACUGUCAAUAAACCCAUUCCUGAAAGCAACCUCCAUGUCACCUCCCAGUUUUUAGUAGGGCCCAGUCACUUAGGGAGUCUUCUUCCCCUGUCUCUGGUACAGUACAAUAGCUGUGUGUCCAUAGAAAGGACUAUGCUGUGUUUGUAUGGGGCUGGGGCUCUCAGGGCUGUUGUGUGUGUUAGUGGUUGGCCCAGCAGUAUUCUGCCCAGCGACAAAGACCAGCCCUACCCUCUACUAAUUACCCCAACCUAGACCCAGAAGGCCCUUUUAGAAUGGUCCUGUACCUGAUGUCAACUCCCACCACUGAAAUGCUACCCUGUCUGUACACACACACUCUAUAUGCUGUCAACACUCAACAUACUGAAAUGCUACCCUGUCUGUACACACACACUCUAUAUGCUGUCAACACUCAACAUACUGAAAUGCUACCCUGUCUGUACACACACACACACACACACACACACACACACACACACACACACACACACACACACACUAUAUGCAGUCAACACUCAACAUACUGACAUGCACACCAACAGUUAAACACACACUCCUCUUAUCCAUUGCCAUGUACCUCAACAUCUACAAAUCAAAUCACACUCCUCGUGCACACGCACGUUCAACCCUACACACACACUGUCCUGUAUACACACUGUCCUGUAUACACACUACCAAUGUAACCCUGAGUGAAUGCACAUCUUGUGAGAGGCACCAGCUGUAUCUAGGUUCUGGCCAGGUACCAACUGGGGCUUUGGCUCUGGGAUCUGACCUGGUUUAACUCACUAGCGCCCCCGAUGGGAGAAGAGCUGCUGUGUGCCAAUCAAUAAACCAGGACCCUGUUAAAAUACUUAGAAAUUGCAUCCUUCUUGAUCUGACAUGACUGGAUUGGUGAAAGAUGUGUAGUGGAACCCUGGCUAUCAGCUGCCAUACAUCAUGUACUUGAAGGAAAGAGAUGCAUUUUAUAGUAUUGGUAUCAGGCCUCGAGCUGUCCCACUGUGUGGGUGAAAGGUGUCCCUAAGCACUGACCCAAGGUCUGUUCUGUGUGCAACCUUGUAAGUAUUUAGUUCAGAUUUGGACUUGGGGAAGCUGAUCCGAGAUCUAUUCGAAGACCCUCCCUAAAGUCUAGAACCACAGACCGAUAGGACCACCGCCAACACAAAACACUGCAAGUUCUUUAAAAAAAAUCCUUACUGUCAUUUUAUUUUUUGUAAUUUGAAAUAGAUUUCUAAGUCUUUUUGUAAACGAUUGUCAAGCCCGAUAUGGAUUUUUAUCUGACAUGAAUAUCUUAUUCUGUGCCGAUGUUUCUCUGGGUAACGAUCAAUCAGGGUUUUUUAUGAUUCGCCUCUGCUUCCAGGCCUCUGAAAAACUUCAAAUAUUUCUGCCAGAAUAAAUGUUUUAUAACAGUA